AUGAGCGGAACUCGUCGACGCAUCAAACGUCCUCAUGCCCACGUCGACGACAUCCUCCCUCCUGCAGUCGCCAUCACUCAAGCGGUCGUUGUCGAGCGAGAAGGUCCUGCCCAAUACUCAGUACCUUUGACGCACCGUGAAGACGACUCUCCUGCGAAGAAGAAACCACGUCUCGCAAGCCCUCCCGCACAAGGCCCGAGCAAACCUCUGUCAGCGAACCCACAGGCGAGCAGCGGGACACCCGGUGCUUCGUCGAAAUCAGGGGAGAAGCGUACGGUCAAAAAUGGCAUCUCGAAGACCUUGGAAGAGUGGAAGCCGCGAUUCUCCCGUAUCCUCGACGACAUCCUCGCCGCCGAGGUCCCUUCAGGGAUAGGCUCGCAGUGCGCUUGCGGAAAGGCACAAGCGACGGUGCGGUGCCGGGACUGCCUGCAGGCGCCCCUGCAAUGCUGCGCAUGCCUCGUCUCGUCGCACGUCCGCAACCCCUUCCAUUGGAUCGACAAGUGGACCGGCCGCUUCCUUGAGAAGGAGGACCUCAGCAAUAUCGGCUUGGUCGUUCAUUUGGGCCAUAACGGUGAACCCUGUCGGUAUCUUCGUGCCAGCUCGACCCCCAUCACCUACACGAUUACUCAUACCAACGGUAUACAUCGCGUACGCCUCCACGAAUGUCAUUGUCCCUACAAGCUCGAUACAGUGUCUCAGCUCCUCCGUGCCGGCCUCUUCCCCGCGACUCUGGAGCGCCCGGAAAGCGCGUUCACCUUCGACGUGCUCAGGCAAUGGGACCUUCAUUUCCUGGCGUCAAAGAAAGGUGCCUAUGACUUCUUCGAAGCCUUGCGUCGGCUCACCGACAACUCGGGCACACGCCCUGUCAAGAGCCGAUAUCGCGAACUCAAUCUCAUAGGACGCAUCUGGCAACACCUGGUCGCGGAGAAAAGGGCCGGUCUCCAUCAUGGCCUCGAACUUCCCAAUCGACGGCCUCUACGACGGUCCCAUGAUCUCGCAUAUAUCCACGCGUGCGAGCUCGGAGGCGACGGCAACCAUGGCCUUCAGAAAAAGCGCAAACGUGACGACCCGGAUGAUGUAAGUUUGUGUGAAGGAAAGGGGUACUUUGUCGACCCAAUGAAGAUGAAGACGUACCUUGACGAGAUCGCCUCCGAGCCAGCCCCCGAGACCUGCAGUGGGUUCAAAGUCGGACGGGCCCAACGGCCAGGCAAGUUCCGCAACUUGGAGGUCAGCGGUGUCGUAGCGGUGAUAUGCAUACGGCAUGGGUGCUUCCGGCCGGGGGCCAUGGUGGACCUCCAGAAAGGCGAACGAUAUGGACAUAUGGACUUCGCGCUCGCAGGAGCCCUCGAGGGUCUCGACGAACUCCUGCACUUUAUAUUCACGUACGAUGUCGUCUGCAUAUACGGCGUGAACCUACGCAAACGCUUCGGUGAGCGGUUUCCGCAUCUGGUUCCUCUCCUCGAGCGCAUGCAGCUGCUGUUACCGAAGCUCCACAUGCUCGCGCACAAGGAGCUUUGUCAGAUUGUGUACGCCCUCUGCUACUCGUGGGGUGCGGGUCUUUCACACGGAGAGAGCGUCGAGCAUCCGUGGGCGGAGCACAACCAGGUCGGACUCAGCACUCGUGAGAUGGGUCCCGGACACCGCCACGACGCCCUCAACGCCAUUCACAAUUACUGGAACUGGUGUAAAAUGGAGUCCGCUGCAUCGUUCCUCGCGAGAAAACUCCGCGAAGCCUUCGCCUUACAGGAGCAUAAGACGUCGCUUUACAACGCGCUCACGGAGCUUGCAGGAAACAAGGUGGUGGAGUGGAAGAAGCUGGACGUGGCCGAACCGGUCUCACUAUCGACAGAGGCGAAGAAGGCGAAGACGAAGACGAAACCGAAGCGAUCGAGCAAGGGCAAGAAGGCUGAACCUCAGCCUCUUCAGAGCGUGUACAUGCUCGAUGAAAGUAAAGUUCCAAGCGCAGGGAAGGUGUAUGAAGACCUCGCGAAGAUGGAAAUCACACCCAAGGGGAAGUUCGCGGCCGCAGCAGCAGACAAGGUACCACAGGGGACGACAAACUUCUUCAUUAAGGCACUGGAUCUUGAGAAGCGACAGUACGAACUUCGUACGAAACUCAAGAAGGCGUUAAGAGGCCAUGCCGAACUGGUGGAGGACGACUCGGGGGUCGCUGGAGUCGGCACCGAGCGACGUGUGCUACGUCGUGAAUUGGAGAAGUGGCGCGACCUUCAGAGCUCGCUCAUGCCUCACAUCAACUUCCCAGACGUCGACGGCGACGACGGCGAUGACGACGAUCACGACGACGACGACGACGACGGGGUAGCGGUCGGCCUGAAGACGAGCCUCUCGCCCUCCCAUCCGACUUCUCGGCAGCUGAGCGCAACACGCUCGGCCUGGAGGCGCAGGCGGUCUUCGAACGCCGUGUUCGACAUGGCCGGCGCAUUCCUCGAGGACAAACAAAAGCACGCGCGUGGUCAGAAAGACAACACUCGCUCUCAAAAGCAGGUGUCCAACGCGACCGCACGCACGCGCAUGCUGGCCGGGCUCUACAAUUACAACCGCGACCGCCUCAUUGCAUUGAGCGAUGGCAUUGCGGAGGACGUCCUACAGGCGAUCAACAUGGAAACGGACCUCAAGAGUAAGAAUUGGCGCAAGCCGCGACAGCAAGGGGACAGCCGCGAAGAACGGGCAUGGAUCUGGACGGUCGUCCCCCGUGGACGACCGAAGACGAUGCGGAAGCAUGGGAACUCGAAGGCGAGUGGUUCUCGACCGGGUACAAUGGUUCCGCGCUCGGCGGAGGUGAAGCGAGUGAACGAGGAAAUCAACAAGCUUCAUGCCGAGUUCAAGAGGACGAUCCUCGGUUUCAAGAACAUGUCUAGAGCUUGGGAACAGGUCUCGGCGAAGGCAGGGUUGUCCGAUGGGGCGAGAGCGUAUGCGCUGAGGAAAGUGAAUAUGUUCAACAAGCUAAGCGUCCAAUGCGCGGACGUUUUCGGGACUACACGAAAGGAUGCCGCAGAGAAGUGGGACUACUCGAUUUCCUCAAGUACAUCCACGCCAGCUGACACCGGCCAGGGGAAGGGGAAGGAGAAGGAGUAG